UCUCUUGAAUAUGAAAGUGAAUCUGUUUCUGAUAAAACCAUCUCUUUUCCCUCAAGCUGUGUACUUUUUCACUUUCCUCUGGGCAUCAAAGAAGGUAGUCAGAUUGUCUUUCAAUAGUCAUCAUCCAAAGGAUUUCACACACAAUGAUGGUUCGAAUGGAACGCAGAGAGGUGCCAAGGUUGAGGUACUACACCAUCACCACUGGCAAGACUAUGGGUUCUCAUAUCCAGUUUAUGAGACAACUUGGAGGAGGKUUCACUGAAGUGAUGUCACCAGAGCAGAGUGAUGUCAUCAUGGCUUUCUGUCCCAURGUCUCUCGUGCUGGUACUGAUAUUGAGGCAGCACUGCAGCAGAUUCCAGCUGGUAAAGAUGUCAUUCUGGUAGUCCUGCAUCACUUUUUUAACCCAGAGUGCACUGUAGCUGACAGCAGCAGACUAGUGACCAGAAGUGAUGUAAUACUCACAGUGGACUGUCUCUUCCAUGAGAGUAAGGGAGGACUACUGAACUGUCCUCGCAACAAAGCAGCAGUUGAUAACAUUCUGAACCGGCUGAACAUGAAGCCAAAGGUGAUAGAUGCCAUCGUGGACAUCCCUGAUCACAGAAACAGGCCGAUGGUGUGUUCCAGUAUCCUUGAUUGCACCAGGGCAGACAGGCGUUGUUGCCAGAGAUCACCAUUUGCAUUUGUUGGGCUCAUUAUUUUUCUUGUUCUUUUGUGUUUGGUGGUAUUUUUGAUUGUUUCUAGAAAGAAACAAUGAGGUUUAUCAAAAUAACCUAAUGGAAAUAGAGCAAGUAGGUUCAAACAGAAAUAGAGGAAUAAACUGUAUAAAUUACACAGACAACACAGAUAAACUGACUUAAUUAUACAUAAAAAAUAAUGAAUAAAGCCUAAUAAAGCACCUACUCUACCUACCUCUAUCAGGAUAGUGUAUUAGUUUAUUAGUUUAAGAUGGCAUGACGCUCAUGUAAUAUUGUCGGCCUACUCUUAUUGUAUAUUCUGUGUUGUCACUUU